AUGCAGCAGAUCGAUCCGGCCGCGCUGAGUCGGACAGACUCGUCAAAUCCGGCCAAGACUACGGCGCCAAAUCUUUCGACGACCGUGAAAUCAUCAAGGGCUCUCAUCUCGGUGCCGCGCUUGGAUCUGGAACAUGUCUAUACAGAGCUGAAAGCCGCCAUCGGCGACAAAUGGGCCGAAUAUAAGGAAUCUACAGCCCUAUUCUUACUCGGGCACUCCAACCAAAAUGAAUACGCGUCGCAUGUUGACCAUAUAAUAUGCGCUGAUACUAAAAUCGAACAUCUACAUAAUAAUUUCGUGUGCGCGAUCAUCGGAAAUCUCACGCGAGACCUCCCAGAUCAUGGCGUCGCAAACUGGGUGUCCGCCAACGAUAAGCCUUCCCUGGUCUCUAAGCCGGUCUCUGGAGACGCCGCGGAGCAACGAUUGAAGACCGAAGUGAUGCAGCUUCCGCCCAGGGAUCGUCGGAGAAUUAAGGGAAUUCCAGAGCGUGAUUUGAAUGAGGUGUCACCGAAUGAGCUAGAGGAAUAUCAUCUAGCCAAGCAGAUUAAGCUGCCAAGCCAAGUUCCCGCGAGUGCAGGUGGAUUGAAUAAGACAAACUGGGAACUGGAGAUUCGAAAACGAUAUGCGCAACCCCUCGCUGCAGAGACUGGUGAAUUCCCCGACGCUGAGUCGAUAUAUGCCCGUAUGGUUCCCAUGUGUUACGAAGAAUCGCUUCCCAGUGGUGCUGGUCUACCGUGCGCCGAGUUCAUGGCCAUUGCUACCGAAACUUUUGUCAAGGAGGUGUUGUCGGCGGUAUUCUCGCGCACGCGGUCCAACGGUCCGUCGGGUACGAUUAACGGCAUGAUGAUGCGAAAGUACCGGGAGCAAUUGGAACGAGAAGAGCUUGCCUACACCCGCGGUGAGAUCUCCAAAGACACCGCUACGGGCUUACUCCCUGUCGAAGCUAGGGAGGCUAGUGUCCGGCGGCCGCUCGGGGUGAGGGACCUCCGGCUGACUUUAGAGCUGGGUGGUGGCGUGCUUGGUCAUAUGCCAUUGAUCAUUGACCAGAUCAUGGGAGGAUACUUAGAAGACGAACUUGAAACCGAAAAGCAAGAUCGCCUCGAGAAUGGUGUGAGCGAACACCACGAAGUCAAGCCUGCUGGUGAGGAUGAGAUGGACCUAGACGACAUCGAUGGGUUGUCAGACUGGGAGGGAGGCACAGCCGUGGAUCGGGAGCAAUUGAGCUUUUUGCUUGACGAGUGCCUGUCAAUGGCUGCGUGA